AUGAAUGAUACAUUGUCAUUUGCAAAUAAGAUAAAUAAUAAUGAUAAUAUGGGCGGAAGUUCAUUAGCUGUAAUAGCAAGAGAAGAUGAAGAAAAUAUAAUUUUAGAAAAAGUUAUAUACAAAAAAAGUAUGUUUUUAUAUUUAAAAUCAGAACCAGAACCUGACUGUAAGUUCUUGAAAGAUAAGCUUAAACUAGAAUAUGGGUAUACUGUAACUUUAGAAAAAGCCAAUAAGAGAGCAUUUACAAUAGUGAAUUGCGAAAUGAAUGAAAUUAUUGAUGGAUACGAAAAUAGUAUAAUUCAAAUUGAUUUGGGAGAAGGUAAGAUUGUAAAAAAUGAUUUUCUUUUAAUUGCGGAUAUUGAUAUUCCGAAUUUUGCAAAAUUGGGAGUAUCAUUCGAAAAUUCAAACAUCAAAAAUUCUAACGUUAUAACUAGCUUAACUUAUAAUAUUAUUGAAUAUGAAAAAAUGUCUUUAAAAUUUAAAUUAGAACCAACUAAAGAAUUUAUUGAAGUAGUAAAGGGUGUUAUAGAUUCUAAAGAUCCUAGGAAAUUUAAGAAUGUCAUAAAUAGUUUUGGCCAAUUUAUCCCAAAAGAAAUUAUUUUAGGUGGAAGAGCUUAUUUUAUUGCAAGAGGAAAUUCUGAAGAAAAUGCUGAUGAACACACUACUAAUAUAGGUAGUCAAGCUUCAAAUUUUAGAAUUGAAAUAAAAAGUUUGAAGUCUUUAAAUAAGAAUAAUUCUUCUAAAUAUAAAAGUUUUAAAUUGUUUGGAGGAAAACAAUUUGGUUCUAGCAACUUUAAUGAGUCAGAUUGGGUUGAAUCUUUAAAUGAUUUUAAAUAUUGGAGUUGCAUAAAAUUUAAAGAUCCAGUUAAUGUUUUUCAAACUUUAUCUGAGGAUCUACAUAAUAUUUUAGAAAUUCUUCAAAAUAAAGAUGCUGAAUGUAGUAUCUUUGCAACAGUUAUUGAUAAAAAACAAAAAGAUAUCUUUAACUGCCAAGUUGUUUGGUCAUCAACUGAAGAUCCAAAACUUAUUAUUCAUUGUUUUCAAAACAAAUUUAGAAAGCGUCAAUGUAAAUUGAAAAUCAUGUGGAUGAUCGUUGGUUAUAAUACAAGUUUUGAUUUUAAUCAUUUGGAUUUUGACAUUGAAUUGGAAGUUCUAAAAAAUGAUUUUAAUGCAUCAAAUCACCAAGCUAUAGCUAAACCAUUAGAUUUAAAAUAUAAUCCAUCAGUUCUUUGUUUUGGAAUUCCAGUAUUAAGUAAAUUGGAUACUUCAAACAAUUCGCCAGUUAUUGGACACUAUUUUUUUGAUGACAAAGAAAAUAGAAAAUUUGGAUCAUAUUUAUUUUCUUAUUGUUUGGAAAAAAAUCAUUUUGUUAACUUAUCCAAUUUUACAUUUCAUACUCUUAUUAUUUCAAACUAUCCUAAUUCUAAUAAUUAUGGAAUCUCACCUUUUCAACAUAUGAGUAAGAUAAGAAAAAUACUUAAUCUUCUUAAGCUUGAUUCAUUAAGAUUAAACCCAAAAUUGAUUAGUUUGUAUUCUACAAAAAACAAAUAUAGACCAGUUUUCUUAAAACAAAAAACCAGUGAAAUUAAAAUUAAAUAUAUUAACAUUAAUUGUGAUCAAGAUGAUUGUAUCUGUAAAUGCAAGAAAUUAGAAGAUAACUUAAAAUAUGCUUUCUUAGAUCCAAAAAAUCCAAAUUAA